AUGGCUGUUAAUCCAAAAUAUCACUGCUCAAUCAGUAAUGGCGGUACAAUUAAUACUAAAAUAGAUAAUCUUAAAGCAUUUGUAUUAAAUGAAGAAAAUUAUGUCUACUUUAAAGAUUUUCUUAAAAGAAUGAAAUUAACAAAAUAUGGCAAUAUUGAUAAUUACACAGAAUUGUUUUUAAACAUAGCUGAAAAAAUGAAUGCAUGCUUGCAUAAGAAAGAAAGAUUGCCAGAAAGAGAAUUGUCUGAAAUAUACCUUUCUGGUAUGCCUAACUGGCUUCAAAUUGAGGCUUCAAAACUUGAUACUAUCAAUAUUACCGACUUGCAAAUUUCAUUAAGGAAAGUUGAAAUGAAGCUUUCAGAGAUUGAAAUAAAGAACAAUACAAACAAAAUAAAGUUGAAAAUCAAAAAGGUUCAAAUCAAAAUUUCAAUAAAUCAAAUAAGCCUUAUUUACCAAAUUCAACCGAAUUUAAAUCCUGUUCUUCUUCAAAUGCUUUAG